GGCGAACAGCAGCGUCCCGGUGGCGCAGUGUGACAGUGUAGUCGUGGACAUGCAUUGUCAAGUGUCAGACUUUAGCCUGUUUGAAGGCUGACGCCAUGGUUUCGCUCUCAGGCCUUUGGCACCUGAGCGGCUCCGUGCUGUCACAUGCAAACAUUGCGACUUUGAUAAUAUGCGCAUUGGUGUAUUAUUUAGUUUCUUUUUAUCAAAAGCAGCGGGACUUAAGAUAUAAAAACAUUCCUCCAGGUCCGAAGCCAUGGCCAGUGGUCGGAAACUUCGGCAGCUUUCUCAUCCCCUCUUUUAUCCUCAGGAAACGUGGACAGCAGAGAAACAGAGCCGACAUAAACCCCAUCAUGGGUGGUUUAGAACAACUGGCUAAAGUUUAUGGCAGCAUAUACAGCCUUUUUGUAGGGACUCAGCUUAUCGUGGUGCUUAAUGGCUAUGAAGUGGUCAAGGAUGCUCUCUCAAACCAUCCUGAGGUGUUCUCCGACAGACCAGACAUCCCUUCUGUCACCAUCAUGACUAAACGCAAAGGGAUCGUCUUUGCACCCUACGGGCCAAUAUGGAGAAAGCAGCGCAAGUUCUGCCACGCCACACUCCGAAGCUUUGGUCUGGGGAAGCUAAGUCUGGAGCCUUGCAUCAAGGAAGGGCUUGCUACCAUCAAAACAGAGCUGCUGCGGCUGAAUGAGGAAUGUGGUGAUGCCAGUGUGGACUUGAGUCCGCUGAUCAGCAACGCGGUGUCAAACGUCAUCUGUACGCUGAUCCUGGGUCAGCGCUUCCAUCACGAGGAUCGUGAGUUCCGCGCCAUGCUGGAGCUGAUGAAGCGAGGGCUGGAGAUCUGUGUGAACAGCCCUGCAAUCCUCAUCAACAUUUUCCCGCUGCUCUACUUUUUGCCUUUUGGGGUUUUCAAGGAGUUACGUCAGGUGGAAAGAGACAUCAGUGUUUUUCUUAAGAGGAUUAUUACAAAGCACCGUGAAGCACUAGAUUCUGGCAAUCCAAGGGAUCUCACAGACAUGUACCUGUUGGAGAUGCUGGCCCAGCAAACUGCUGGAGAAGAGGAAAGCAGCUUCACAGAGGAUUAUCUCUUUUAUAUCAUAGGAGAUCUCUUCAUUGCUGGCACUGACACCACCACCAAUUCAGUUUUGUGGACUCUGCUUUAUAUGGUCAUAUACCCUGAUAUCCAAGACAAAGUCCAGGCAGAGAUUGAUGAAGUUGUGGGCAAACAUCGCGUGCCAUCUCUGACUGAUAAGGGAAGUUUGCCUUUUACUGAAGCCACCAUCAUGGAGGUGCAGAGAAUGACUGUGGUAGUUCCCCUGGCUAUUCCUCACAUGGCCUCAGAAACAACAGAGUUUCGAGGCUACACCAUUCCUAAAGGAACAGUUAUUUUCGCCAACCUGUGGUCUGUCCAUAGAGAUCCCACUGUGUGGGAUGAUGCAGACAGAUUCAACCCAGCACGCUUCUUGGAUAAUGAGGGAAAGCUGCUCAGGAAAGAGUGCUUCAUGCCAUUUGGGAUUGGUCGCAGGGUGUGCAUGGGUGAACAGCUGGCAAAGAUGGAGCUGUUUCUGACUGUCACCAGCUUGCUGCAGGCCUUCAAAUUCAGACUGCCGGCGGGAAAGCCUCCUCCCCCCCUGCACGGACGCUUCGGACUGACAAUAACACCUUGCCCAUUCACUGUUUGCGUGACUGCUCGCAACAGUGAAGCUGAUGUUCUGUAACAAGGAGACUCUGAUGAAGGAGCUCACAAAAGUAGAAAUAUGUUUUGCUCAAGUUCUCCUGGAGAGACAUGAAUAUUUAGAAAGUUUGUAGAUACAUAUUUUUAUUAGUGAACGGUUCUCUAUGACUGAAAUCCCAGAUAAUUUAAUUUUUUGUUACCAUGUAGAUGUUGAUGAAUUAAGCUGUUAACAGAAUUUUAAAAGUAAAAACAUAUACUGAUCAAAAAUGACUGCAAUCCAAAGCGAUGCUUACCUUAUUUUCUCAUUCUCAUUAUUGAUAAAUAAUGCCAGUAUUGCUUUUAAAAGUGUAUAACUGUAUUAAUAUUUAUCAUUU